AUGGGAAAAGGUGAUGACGAAAGCAAAGUAUUUGCACCUCAAGAUUUAGAAGUACUCAGAAUGAUAAAGAAUUCAAACAUAUCAAUUCAUUAGUUUCUAUUGGCAGCCAGAUAUCUAAAUUUACCUGCGUUUUAGGGUGUAAUCAUUAGGACAUUAUUAGAUCUGUUAAUUAGUAAGUUGGCUACAGAAUUUUAUGUUGAUGUUACUAAACCAAAACAAUCUCUUGAAAAUCUAUGUAAGAAAUACCCUUAAGUGCCUGUGGUCACUAAAGAAGAAAUCAAAUAAUAUAAUUAAGUGUUGUAAUACUUAAUUUGA